AUGACUUUGGCUUUAUCUGAAGAAGAAAUAAGUUAUAUUGAUGAAAAUCCUUCAAUGUUUUAUGAUAUCGCAUUUGAGAAUAAUGAUUCAUAUUUUUCAGAAAGAAAUGUAUCAUUACAGUUUAUUUCUUUAUUAUUUUCAAUGAAUCAAAAUUUAUUUUUAAUAUCUCUUGGAGAAAUUGACAAUGAAGCCAAACUAAGAGCUAUAGCAGAGAUUGCUGGAAAUGGAGAAUGUUCUUCUGAAGUUAAAACCAAAAUUAGGGAAUUAAUAAUUCAAUUAUUCAGUGAAAAUCAUGAUGUUUUAAUAGAAUCAAACAUUUUAUAUUUAUGUUCUCAGUCAUUAUGGUUUUUAGAUGAUGAUUUAUCUCUUGAAAUUCUAUCAAAUAUUGGAAAUCUCUUAGAUACUGAUUCUGAUAACGAAUUACUUUAUUUACUUGGAUGUAAUAUGAUAAGAUCUAGCUUGAAAACUAAUAUUUACAGAGAAAAUACAGAACUUCUUAAUAAUUUACUUAAUAUCAUUUUAAAUUCAAGCAAUUUUGGAUCAAUUAUCUCCAUUUCAACUAUUUCUACAUGUUUUGAAUUUUAUCCACAAGUAAUAAGUAAUUUCUGCAAUGAAUUUAUUGCAUUUUUGAUUGAAAUUAUUAAUGAAAGGUUAGAAAUUAACAAAGAGCUUGCAGAAGUUAAUUCAAAUGAAGAUAUAAGUAAUUCUAAGCUGGCAAGGAAUGUUAUUCGCAUGCUUAUGCCAUGUAUUUCUAAUUUUUAUUCUGAAAUUGAUUUUUCUCCAAUUCUUGACUGCGUUUCUAACUUUUGUUCUCUGGAUUAUGUUGAGUCUUUUACUGAGUUCUGUCAUAUAUUCAACUUCAUUGCUAGAAAACAGCUUGAUUGCGAAGAAUUUGUCAAUGAUUUAUUUGAAAACUUUGUUAUUUCUGAGAAAAAUUCAUAUAACAUUGUUGUUGAGUCAAUAAUGAGUUAUCAUUUGACACAAUUAUAUACAAAUCCUGCGAGAUUUUCUGAAAUGUUUUCAAAUAAGAUUGUUUAUUUGUGUAUUUUAGUAGAUAACUGCAAAAAUGUAUUUGAUGAGUAUUAUACACCUCUUGAGAACUGUCUGCAACUUAUGUUUAUUGCCAGAUUGAUCUAUUUGAAAGUCAUAAGUGAUGAAGAUCUUUUUUAUUUCGCGGAAAAAUCAAUUUUGGCAUUUGAAAAUGAGCCAGAAUAUAUAGGAAAAAUAGGUACAGAUAGAGUAUCAAGACAUGGACUUUUUGAUUUGAUUGCUUGCUUGAUUAUAUCUGGAUUCGAAAUUGAUAUUUCAUCAAUUAUAGGAAAAUGGUGUCAAUUCUCAUUAACUGAUGAAUUUUCAACUGAAUAUGAGAAGACAAUCCAAAGAUGUGCUAUUUCUAAGUACCUACAAUCGCACAAUGAUGAAUCUCUCGCUAAAGGUCUUCAAUUGAUGUCUUUACAACCAAUUGAAAGAGAAGAAUUCAUAAUUGAAGUUCAAAAGAUUCAGCAAUUUCAGUGCAUAGUUGAUAUACAACAAUUGCAGUCAGAACUUGCUUAA